UUUCUCUCCUGAGUGAUAAUCCAGGCUGGCUAUAAAACUGCUGACAUAGGGGCAGGGACUGAUCUUUAUUAAAGACAAAGUGGGACUAUCUGGUCUCUGCAGGCAGGACCGCAGAACAAUUUUUGUCUCUCUUCUUUUCCCCCCCUCCCUCACUGUGUGGCCCACAAGACCACCUCCUCACUCAGCAUCAGGUAACCCUGAGGAAGGGGCGAGUACCCGACAUGAGCCGCUUCGCUCUCCACGCUAUCGCUCAGAAGCUGCAGUUCUCCAGUGGAGAGGAAGAUGAUGAGGAGGAGGUGGUGGUCGAGGCCAAGCUCUCUGACUUCCUUCGCGUCCAGGAAGAAAAAGCCUCGGCCUCGGCCUCCAGGAGAACGUGUGUCUCCCCCUUCAGCCGCUUCCCGGUGGGGGCCGAGGUGGUUCCUCUGUCCGGGGAAAGGAGGCGAACUCGCGGCCCUAGGACCCGUCUGCCCGGGAGGAGUGAGUGUCCGGAGACACCCAUCGACUGUAUGAACUGGAGGAAGUUGCGGCUCUGUGAUACUCCUUACACCCCCAAGAGCCUUUUCUCCAAGGCUGGUCAGCUCUCAACUGCUGCCAAAGGUCCUGUCUCUAGAAUUCGCCGGCCACUGGAGUUUUCUGCUGGUCCUGAGUGCCUCCAGGUCCCGUCAGUGAAUGUAAACCCCUUCACCCCCACGUUGUACCAUGAGCUGGGUCUCGCUCACAGUGGAAAGAGCCAGAAAACUGGAAAGAGGAAGAAAAGGAUUGAAGAGCGAAGCAGGAAAGAUCUUACAACCAGAGAGAGAGACAUCACUGAGGAAUUGCUGCAAUCUAAGCGAUUUAACCUCUGUGAGAGCAACAUGGGCUCCCGUUACGCUCUGGAGUUUUACGAGUUAGAGAAGAUUGGCUGUGGCGAGUUUGGGGCGGUGUUCAAAUGUGUGAAGAGACUCGACGGCUGUCUCUAUGCCAUCAAGCGGCUGAAGAGACCCCUGUCUGGCUCCCUUGAUGAGCAGACUGCACUCCGCGAGGUGUAUGCUCACGCAGUGUUGGGACAUCAUCCUCAUGUGGUGCGGUACUAUUCAGCUUGGGCAGAGGAUGAUCACAUGCUGAUACAGAAUGAGUACUGUAAUGGUGGCAGUCUGGCAGAUGUGUUGACUGAGAACUUACAAGAAGGAAUCUUAUUGGCUGAGGGGGAGCUGAAGGAGAUUCUACUGCAGGUGUCAAUGGGACUGAAGUACAUUCACAGCUCCAGUUUGGUUCAUAUGGAUGUCAAACCAAGUAACAUCUUCAUCUGUCAGAGAGUGACCCCUGACGUGACAGGAUGUAUGGAAGAUGACAGUGAUGCUGAUGAGGAGGGAGCCCUGGUCACCAAUGUACUGUACAAAAUUGGUGACCUUGGCCAUGUGACAUCAAUCAGCAAUCCCCAGGUAGAGGAGGGAGACAGCCGCUUCCUGGCAAAUGAGGUUUUACAAGAGGAUUAUUCUAAUUUGCCGAAAGCUGAUAUUUUCGCUUUGGGUCUCACUAUGGCGUUGGCAGCAGGAGCAGAGGAACUUCCUUCGAAUGACAUGGCUUGGCAUUACAUCAGGAAGGGCAACCUUCCCACGAUUCCUCAGCAGCUGUCCCAUGACUUUUACAACCUAUUGAAACUCAUGAUUCACCCAGAUCCUGUGGACAGACCAUCCUCUGCUGGACUGACAAGACACCCCGUGCUCCGUCAGAAUUCCAGGAAGCUGGCCUCCCAGCUCCGAAAAGAGCUCAAUGUAGAGCGAUUCAGGACAGCCAUGUUGGAGAGGGAGUUGAUGAAAGCCAGACUCUCUCAAGGCUUCCCACAGACUGACCUGAAAUCUCUGCGUUCAGCCAAGAAAUCUCCUCAUCUUCCAGACAACAGGAGCCAAAGACUUGUGGGGGGUCAAAGUAGCCGCUCUGUGAGCUUCAACUGUGUCAGAUACUGAGGGCCAUGCAAGUAGAGAGGAGACCGGAGAUCACUCGUGGCUGUGCUCUGGUGUGCUGUCAAACAUGCUCAGUUAGUCAUUAGUAAGAAUGUUUCUAGUCAAUCAUCUUUGCCUGUGCUUUACACAAGGAUUUAACAGUAAACCAGAAUUGACUUUUGUUUAAACAAAGUCUACCUUUUGGACCUUCUCUACUGUACGCAAUUACAAUGUGGUCUGGUUUGAGUAUUUUAUUGAAAUCCACCUCUACAAUCUGUAUGGUGUGCUUUUAAUGUUUUAUUUCUGAAUUCCAGAACUGGCUACCUCCGUUUAAAUUAAACUACCAUACAGUUGCAGAUGUAUCUAUAACUAUUAAAGAAUGCUAUACUAUAGCAUAACUCUAACAUAUCUCAGCUCCAAGAACACUCCUUGAGGGAUCUUGAGCACCAGGAAUGUUUGAUUCUGGAUUAUGUAUAUAUUUGUGCUUGCAAGUGUCAUUGAACAGACUUGUCCCUUGAUUGGGUUUGAUUUUAAGGUUCUGUCAAGUCCUCACUGGUUGUGUGGCCCUUUUCAAAGCCCCUGAACAGGGGGUAAGCCUUUACCAAGAGCUGAUCUGUUAUAUAGAUCAGAAUGUAUCUUGUGUCAUUAAAGGGGAAUGUCUCAAACUGCUGUAAAAUGGAGAUGGAAUAGCCUUUUAACUAUAGAUUUUUUUUAAGAGUUCUGUGGAGAAUUCAACAGUAAUUAAAGUUUUUAAUUUUCA